AUGCCGCCUAUGGAAUUUAGCAUCACGUUUGAUGAGGAGGAAUUGACUGAAUUGUCGAGCGAUGAAGAGGACGAUGCGCCAAUGUCCCUUCCAACACCUAAAUCAGCACCUCCGCGGCCAGUCAUAACAACGGAGCCUAUUGCCCCUGUAGUCCCAGUAAGAGCAAAGUCGACAAGACCAACGACCCAAAAGGCGACGGAGGACAGUCGAGCCCGAAAUAAUAAAAGCCCUACGGUCGUUCCUCCCUUGAAAGUCGGUAGAUCGACGACGUAUUCUAUCUCGAGUCUCUUUGAAUGGCUUAAAAACGGGCCCGAGUCUCUUGACCUUGAAGCGGAUUACCAACGAGGAAUCGUAUGGUCCGACGUUAAGCAGGUUGGACUUAUCGACUCCAUCUUUACAAACUUCUUUAUUCCGCCGCUCGUGUUCAGCGUCACUUAUCAUCCGGACGGAAGUGAGAGCAGGGUGUGCAUUGACGGAAAACAACGUUUGACUUCUAUUCUCAGACAUCAACAGAAAAGAGUUUUCUAUCGAUCAGCACCUGGAAAACGGCGAAAAGUUCUUGACGACAAAAUACGCAAAACUUUCGACCAGAAGCAGUUAAUGUGUUACGAAUACGAGUCAGUGACCCCUGAACAAGAGCGAGAGAUUUUUCAUCGUGUGCAGCUCGGAAUGGCCCUUGGACCUGCAGAUCGACUACCUGCAAUCAAUGGAUCAUACGCCGACCUCGUUCGCGCAUUACGCUUGAAGAUGGAAAGCACCGAAGGGUUUAGUCAUUUCAGCAAUGAAUCCCGCGGCAAAGAUUUCCAGGCCCUCGCGCAAAUCGUAUACAUGAUCGAAGAAGGCCUCACAAAAAAGACUUGCGACGCGACGACAAAGUACCUCGAAAUAUUCCUUGCGAAACAAGGCGUCGACACACGGGCGUUGGAAGCAAAGGUUCAUUCCGCGAUAGACCUCUUUGUCAGAAUCCUUCAAGACCCCGAUCUUUCGCUGCCGUUGUUGGAAUACCCAAUGUGCUCUAUGGAAUUUGUUAUGACGGUGUAUCUUGUGCACCUUCAUCGGUCUUUCUCACUGGAACAUCUCUCUGUUGCCAUUCGCUUCAUGCGGCACCAUUGGUUCACUGCACUGACCAAAAAAUUAUUUACCAAGGCGGACACCAAGGCGUUCUUGCACCUAGCAAACUUCGUGAAAACAAUCACAAAGACAAAGGUGAUGGAUUGGGCAAAUCAUACACAACCUGUCCUUGUGCACCCCAAAGGCACAAAUAAACGCGGCAGGGCAAAGACAGCCGAGGACAAUGAAUCUGUACUCAUGACGAAAACACCCGGAAGAAAGAGAAAGGUGGAAGAUGACGACGAGGACGAAGAUUCUGAUGACGAGUGUCAGAAGAUUUCACGACCCAGGAAGAAAUUGACUACGACUGUCAAGAAGCAGGGAACAGUGACGCCGGCCUCGACGCCUGCUCCCACUCCUGCCCCGGAUGCGGACAAACUCAAGAUGAAGAUCGAAAAGGCUAUAUCAUCGACAAGGAAAGCGAAGACGACGAUCAAGAGAGUAUCGCCGACAAAACGUAAAUCCGUUCCGGUACCCACCGCGUUUGCUGCAAAACCUUCUCGCUCUGGAAGUGUGCUGAAUCAGGUUGCGAAACCGUCCAUCAAACCUGGCCAGCGCAGCGUGUCGGCAUCGACGCCUCAGCCCUGUGAUCCAUUUGGGCCACUUGAUUUUUCGCCAUCUGUAUCUAGAGCCUCGUCCACUACGUCUACUUCACGUCUUCCUCCUGCCGCUGGAGAUGCUGCUCCAAGCGCAGGUGUUAAACCUCCCAUUUCGGUGGCCCAAACAGCAACGACAGCGCCGGCAACACCCAUAGCACCAACUACACCAACAGUACCAAUAGUACCAACAGCACCAACAGCACCGAUCAACACUCCAGUCGCGUUCGGAGGCAUUGCCACCCCGAGAGCGUCUCCGAUGACAUACGAAACUCAGAUUGUCAGUGCAAGUGCCGGUCUCGCCUCGCCUCCCCCUUCUUCAGCGUCAUCUUCUGCGAUGGACGACGGCCACCGGUUGGCGCCGCUCAGACGCGCACAAGCUGCUGACAGACUCGGAAACAGAGGCUCGUUCAGUGACAGCGCGUCGUCGUCGAUGCCUCCGUUAUCUGAACUGCUAGGACGUAGACAAUCGUCGGACAGCUCGGGUUCUUCUAUUCCUAUGUCAGGUAGUUCUGGAAGCACAUUGCCCGGCAAGCGUUCGUUCUCGGCGCCGAAUGCUACCACAAAUGGCGACGCCGCACCUGCUCAAGUUGUUUCUACGAGCACACCCACAAACUCAAUGUCGGGCCCAGAGAUGGAAGCCUAUCUGCUAUGCCAGCAACGCCCAGUUAACAACAACAUUCACAGCCAUGCAAAUGGGGUUCCAAAGCACCCUCAGGCGGCCCCGCAAUCUCCUCCCAGCGACCCACGACUGCGCGUGCAAGUUCAGCGCGAAUCGUCGAGCGUUGUAAAGACGAGUACCGAGAGUAGGCUGCCCACGCCGCCACAGUCUGGGCAGUCGCCGCAGGUCUCGCAGGAACAAUUGUUUGCGAGGCCAACGCAUACACAUGAGCAGAUGACGACGGCAACAGCUGCUGCUGGGAUUUCGCCAUCUGCGCGGGUUUGGCCUGGCCAGACUGGACCUCAACAUCCGUAUCCUGUUCCAGGGGAUCGUAAUAACAGAUAA